AUGUUUUCAAAUCAACAACAGCAACAGCAGCAAGAUUUCAAUAUCGAAAACCCUGACCACAACCUUUUUAUCAACAAUCCCAGAUCAAGAAACAGCUUUGGUCAGCAAGCGCAAGGUCAGCCUCAACAGCCUCAACAAUCGACAUCUUCCUCUUAUCACACUAUGCAUCACAGCAACAGCUUUGGUCCUAUGGCCAUCAAUCCUUCGAGCACAGUUCAGGGCAACAACAACAAUGGCCAAAGUAGCAUGGCUUUCACAGACCCCUCUUCCGCAAAUUGGUUUGGCACUAGCAUGGAUUCAAAUGCCUCUUCAUUUGGUCAAUCUCCUGUGUUUGGCGGAAGAGAUUUGCUAGUUACACCUUCCAAUUCUACGGGCCAUAUCAUUGACAGCUUUAACGGUGGUGAGGAUGAAGAGUUGAGCCAAAGAAACCAUCAAGAGAUAUUUGAAAAGAGAAGAAGAAGACGUGAAUCACACAAUGCUGUAGAGCGAAGAAGAAGGGAUAAUAUCAAUGAGAGAAUUCAGGAGCUAUCUACAUUAUUGCCCGAGCAUUUGCUUGAAUCUGUGCCUGCUAGCUCCAAUGUCAUGUCAGUCGCAACAGGCCAAAAUGGUGCAAACGGGAAGCCCAUCAACAAAGGCACUAUCCUUAAACUAUCUGUUGAUCAUAUCAAAGAGUUGAGAGAAGAAGUGAUAAACUGCAAAGGCAAGAUUAAGGACUUGGAGCGACUGAUUGAGAUUGCCAGAGGUAAUCAAGAUCCAGCUUUACAACAACAUCAUUUGAAGGCAGAGGACAAUGGUAUGGACUUGUACAAUCAACAGCAACAACAACAACAACAACAACAACAACAACACAUGCACAAUUUGAUGGCUCAGCAGCAACAACAACAGCAGCAAAACGCACAGAGACCGUCCAGACAUGAACGUGUGGGAUCAAUACAGUUUCAACAGCAGUUUGGUAAACUUCAUAUUACUGGAGAAGAGCAACAGCAAGCAUAA